UGCAAAAAAAAGUUAGAGGAACAAACAUUUGUAAAAAUGUUGCACGACUCAAACCUGGAGAAAAGUUAAAUAUCACUUUUUACCAAAAUUGAGUUGUUGUAAAAAAUUAUGCCUCAUUUGUGAGACACUUGGGUAUUUUAAUUCGUGAUCGUAAUAUGUGCCCAUUACGGGUACACUCAUGGACAGACAUUAAAGAAGAUCAGCUAGAACACAUGUGGGAUGCUGUUACUGAUAAAUUUAGCUGUGACGACAUGAAUGCUAAGAAAGAACAUGUCCUUCAACCUAUGAGAAGGUUGUGGAAUAACUGGAGAGGAUCACUUCAUAAGAAUAUGAAGUCUAAGCCAUUUUGUGAUGCUCUAAAAGAUGUGCCAAAAGGGGUAGAUAAGAGUGAUUGGGAAUGGCUGGUUAAGGAGCAUUUCUUAAGUGGCAAGUUUAAGGGAGGUAAAGAUGGUAAGCCACCAAACAUGGAUACUAUCUUCUUCGAGACUCGUAAGAAGGAUAACAAGCUUGUCGAACCUGAAACAAAUGCAAAAUAUGCUGAAAUCCAAAAAUUGGUUCAAUCUGAUUCUUCUCUUACAAAUAUUUGAGGUUGUUGAAAAGUGUUUUGGACCUCAAUGUAAGAGUCAUGUAAUUGGAUUUGGUGGCGGGAUAACGGCUAAAGAGUUGAAAGGUGGGAACUCUUCAAAGGCUGCAUUAUUAGAUAAAUUGAAUGCACGUGAAAAAGAAAAUGAAUCACUAAAAAGACGCAUGGAUGAGUUAGAGAAUAAAUGUGAACGCAUGGAUGAGUUGGAGAGUAAACAUGAACAACUUGCAAGAGUACUGCUUGGUCAGCCUUCAACACCUGCGUCUUCAAGUGAUCAAUAGAUGGUACCAUUAAACAGAUCAAGCAUUUGAAUAUGAAUAAUAUAUCGUUCAACAAUGUACGGAGCAAGUUGAAUUCAUGAGCUAGGGAUUUUACUUUAGUUACGGGUGGUUUAAAUUAAAGACAAUGUCUUAUUAUUUAUUUUUUGCAAUUUUUUUCUUUUUUAGGAGUUGAUAAAGAUAUAUUAU